AGUCGAGAUGGCUGUCCAGUUUUAUUUAGUUCUUAUGAUUUUAAGAACAGUCUCCGCAGAUGGAGAGCCCACUGAAAGCGAUGACACGGCCAAAGACCCAGAUGAAGCAACCCCAAUCACAUGGCCCACCGACGUACCGAGUGAUACAAACACCACCAAGCAACCUGAUGAAACGUGGCCCGCGGGAUUACCCACCAAUAUACCGAUGCCCACAUUGAUGUACCCACAUGUCCCAGCCCGGACUAAUAACCCUUUGGAUGCUCUGCUCGAUGAAGAAGAAUAUCGUGUGACAACGCCGAAAUCAAAUGUCAGCUUCACUCAAGUAGUGUGGAACACAAAGCCAGGAAUAUAUAUAAAGGAUCACGAAGCCGAAAUAGCCCACUGGCGGAAGCCUCUGGCGGAGAACGAACUGAUCAGAGAUCCGUUUUACUUCGGCUGCUGUCACAACUCUACGAACGUGGGAUGUGCCGGCGUCUGCCCAGAAACCUGUGAGUACCGCUCCAAGUACUGUGUAGCGCUCUGCGGCCCGCCCUGCCGCUGCAAACGAGGCUUUGUCUAUCACAUUUCGGAAAAGGCCUGCAGACUGCGGUCCGAGUGCGACAAGUCGUUAGUGCAGAGCAAGUUCGGUAUCUACCGGGUGUUCUUGUGAAGAUGUGGUAGAGGGUUAGUGGUGAUGUAUGUAGUGUGGUGUGCUGUUGUGCCAAUUUCGAUUGUUCUAAUAAAACAAAGAAAGCCAGAUGGGUGGCAACUAACUA